AUGGCGAUGAGUUCAACUCUUCUGUAUCCGCCUACUGCAUACGCCGCAGAGGAUCCUAUGCGACCGCCUAUGCCGCAGCCUAUGCCCCAGCCCAUGUCCCAACCUAUGUCGCAACCACUACCGCAGCCUGUACCUCAGCAAGAGCCCGACUCCAUCGAAAGGUUUGUUCUCCCCAUCCUUCGAAGCAAGAAGCAGGAGAUUCUAAUGCAAUAUAGUACACCUAGCUUCUCAGAUUAUCAUCAUCUAACCUUCCGUCAACAGCCCGAGCGCGCCCGUGUUGUUGGAUCCAAAGACAAGGGUGAGAGACAUGCCAUAAAUGCCACCAGAUCUAAAUCUAGCUUGGCCAUUGCUUUAAAGAGUCUUAAAAUUUUCUAUUCUAACAGUUUAUAUCUUAUUACAGAGCGUAAACCUAUCGAUCCACCCCCUAUUAUCCAGCUUGAAGUGAAAGGCGAUUGUGAAGCAUCAAAGUAUGGAUAUAUUCUCAUCUAA